CGGGAGACCUAAUCAAACCUCGUCGUCCCGAACGGCGCUAAAACAAUGUCAAUGCAAAUUAAGAUAUGGAAGAAAACAACAGCGACGACGAAGAAAUAAACCCUUUCACAUCCCUCUUAAUCGAACAACAACAACAACAAAACACAAAACCAAAUCCAUUCACCACCGCACAAAACAAUAACCAACAACUUCUUCAAAACCAUUUCAUCCAUUCGAUUCAAUCAACGGUCAUCAUUCGUCAACUCCCAUCAGAAGGCAUCGCCUUCCAGCUCUGGCCUGCCGCCACCUCUCUCGUCUCUCUCCUCGACACCCACCGCAUCAACCCUACCACCAGCCCUCUCUCCACCGUCUUCACAACCCUCAACCGCCCUCCAAGAAUCCUCGAACUCGGCUCCGGUACCGGAAUCGUUGGUAUCGUCGCCGCUGCCACUCUCGGAACAAAUGUAACCCUAACGGAUCUCCCUAAUGUUGUUCCUAAUCUGAAAUUCAACGCGGAGGUGAACGCCGCUGUUGUGGCGUCAAACGGUGGAGCGGUUACGUUUGCGCCGUUGAGGUGGGGUCAUUCUGCUGACGUGGAUAUGAUUAGGGAUGAGUUUGAUGUUGUUAUUGCUUCGGAUGUAGUGUAUCAUGAUCAUCUUUAUGAUCCUUUAAUUGAAACGCUGCGUUUUAUGUUGAUUGGGAAGAAGAUUGUGUUUGUUAUGGCUCAUAUGAAGAGGUGGAAAAAAGAGUCUACCUUUUUUAAGAAAGCUAGAAAGUAUUUUUCUAUUGAUGUUUUGCAUGUUGAUGCUCCUUCUAAUGGUUCUAGAGUAGGUGUAGUUGUUUAUCGUUUUGUCGAUAAAAAAGUCGUUAAUUGACUAAGCUUAGGUUUGAUAUUACGAUGAGAUGUCAGAAUCAGACGUUAGAAAUUAGAGUGAUUUAAAAAAUCACACUUUCUUCAAAAUUAAGGUGAGUUAUUGUGAUUGUGCUGUGAUACAAAAUAUAUGUUGACACAAUUUCUUGUUGUGUUGUUGUUUACUCAAUUUUAGUUCUUGAGAAUAUUGAUGUUUUUGUUUAUUUACUAAAUCAAGUAUGUUCAAGUUCAACCUUUGCUGAAUUCGGAUCUAAAGGGAUGAAAACAAACAACUAUAAGUGGAAAUGAUAAUGACAGAUAGAAAAACAUACAAGGGAGGGAGGGACCAUAAGAUUCAUAUGUCGGUUUUUUUAUGUCAAAUCUAACAUGUUCCUAGAUUCUAUAUAGACAUGCUCCACUAUUGUAUUUUUGACACAUU